GCGGAGCCGGAGCAGCCGCGGUGGAGCGCCUGGGCUUCGCCGAGACCGCCGUGCCCGCUCUUCGCUUCUGCUCCCGCAGCUACGAGCCGCCGCCGCCGCCGCCGCCGCCGCCGGGGUAGCGGCCGCCUAUUGUCUUUCUCUGCGGCGAAGGUGCGGAGCUGUUCCAGCUCAGCCCGCGGGGGAGCCCCGGGCGCCGCACGUGUCCUGGGUCAUGAAACUUAAUCCACAACAAGCUCCAUUAUAUGGCGAUUGUGUUGUUACUGUACUGCUCGCUGAAGAGGACAAAGUUGAGGAUGAUGUGGUCUUUUACUUAGUGUUUUCGGGUUCCACCCUCCAUCACUGUACAAGUACACGGAAGGUCAGCUCUGAUACGCUGGAGACCAUUGCUCCUGGUCACGACUGCUGCGAGACAGUGAAGGUGCUGCUCUGUGCUUCCAAAGAGGGCCUCCCUGUGUUUGUGGUGGCUGAAGAAGACUUUCAGUUCAUCCAGGAUGAGGCGUAUGAUGCAGCCCAAUUCCUGGCAACCAGUGCUGGCAAUCAGCAGGCUCUGAAUUUCACCCGUUUUCUUGAUCGGUCAGGACCCCCAUCCACAGAUGUGAAUUCCCUUGACGAGAAGGUUGCCCUGGCGUUCAGACACCUGAAGCUGCCAGCGGAGUGGAAUGUAUUGGGGACAGAUCAGACUUCACACGAUGGUGGCCCCCGGGAGACAUUGAUGCAUUUUGCUGUGCGGCUGGGACUGCUGAGGUUGACGUGGUUCCUGUUGCAGAAGCCAGGUGGCCGCGGAGCUCUCAGCAUCCCCAACCAGGAGGGAGCAACACCUGUGAGCUUGGCCUUGGAGCGGGGUUAUCACAAGCUGCACCAGCUUCUAACCGAGGAGAACGCUGGAGAACCAGACUCCUGGAGCAGUUUAUCCUAUGAGAUACCUUAUGGAGACUGUUCUGUGAGGCAUCAUCGAGAGCUGGACAUCUAUACGUUAACCUCUGAGUCCGAAUCACGUCAUGAACCCCCAUUUCCUAAAGACAGUUGCACUGGACAUAUUUUUAAACUUAUGAACAUCCAACAGCAGCUAAUGAAAACAAACCUCAAGCAGAUGGACAGUCUUAUGCCCUUAAUGGUGACAGCACAGGAUCCUUCAAGUCUGCCCAGUGCCCAAGAUAGAGAUGGCCAAUUUCUUCCCUGCACAUCAGAGCCCAGGGACCAGCAGCUUUCUUCUCUUCCUGAAGAGACUGAGAGCUCUUCAUGCUGCCAGGCAAGCACUGUUGGGCAGAUUGAAAGUUCCUAUGAUUUGUCAAGCGUGGUUGAGGAAGAGAAUACAGACUGUUCUUAUAGGAAGGAAAAUAAAGGCGUGGAGAGAAAAGGGGAAGAGGCGGAGCCAACACCUACUGUGGACUCUUUAACUGUGUCUGAUCCUGACAGCUGCCUUCAGAGCAUGCCUGAGUGUGGAGGAAAGGACACAGAUGGCCUUCCAUUCUGUGGAAUCAGAAAUGAAGAAACUAGAACAAAAUCUUCUGCAGUGGCCACAGCCCAGGAGUCUCUGAGCAGUGGAGACAGAGUCCUGCAGGAAGACAUGGUCGUGGAACCAGGCAUGGCGCAGCAUUUCUCUGGAGGGGAACUGGUAGUCAGUUCAACAACAGAUGGCAGUGUCCCAGAGACUUCAGGGGAAAUGGAACGUCAUCUCGUGAACGCAGAUGCCACCAUCCAGAAGAAUGUGCUUGAAGGAGGGGAAAGUACAAAGGAAAGAUUGGAGAACUCUCAUAGCAGCACAGCUGGAGCCUCUGAUGUAAAAGUCACAAGUAAGCCUGUGGAUAAAGCCAGUGUUCCAAACUGUGUCUCUGCCACUGGCUCCCUGGAUGGUAACAAACCGGCUGAGUCUUUAUUUGCAUUUAGCAGUGGAGAAACCUCCACUGAAAAAACUGCAGAAACUGAAACUUCAAGAAGUUGUGAAGAGAGUGCUGAUGCUCCAGUAGGUCAGAACUCUCUGGUAAUUCCAGCUGCUGCAGAAGACAAGAUUUCACAUGGGUUCGAACCUGAGGCUCCCUUAGCGGGCAUAUGUGAAGCAGUGUCACCCUCUGAUUUAACUGUUUCCAGGCCACAAAAGGAUGUUAUGGCAAACCAGAAAUCAGAAACUAUUUCAUCUCAUGUUCAAAGCCAAAACAGCAAAUCACCCAUCUGUUCUGCAACUGGAGAUGAUAAACUUUGUGCUGCCUCUUCAUGUCAACAGGACACAGUGACUUCUGGUGGUGUGUUGGCUGCAAAACCUUGUGAUGAUAUGGUUACCCAGCCUGAAAGCACCACCACAGGGCUGCCCAACACACAACAUCUGCCCUCUGCCAUCUGCUUUGAAGGCUCACAGGCUAACACAAUCACCCCUGACGUUGUAAGAGAUACCCAGGAACAUGUGGAUUUUUGUCCUCUCGAAGUUUCGGAUAAAGAGGGCCAAGGAAAAGAUCUGAAACUAGAAGCAUCUUUAACAGAUAUGCUUGAGGUGGUUCAACAUCCACAUGCAGUUGCCCCCAAAGCUGAGAAAGAACUGGUGCCAGAGCAGGCAGUGACAUCAGACAGGACUUUCUCUCUUGCAGGCAGUCCAGGCAGUGAAUCAGUAACCAAAGAUGACGCGCUUUCUCUUGUCCCCUCCCAGAAGGAAAAGGGAACAGCAACUCCUGAACUACAUACGGCUACAGACGGUAGUGAUGGCCCAGACGGAGAUUCGAAUGAUCCUGAUAAGCAGCCGCUAGAAGACGGUGCGGCAGGCCUGUCCACGUCCUCCACUGCUGUAAAUCUUCAGCCCAGCAUGGGGAAUACCAGUCCCGUUGGACUUAGUGAGGAGCAUGAGGGUCCCUGCCUCUCCACAGCCCCUGAAGUUCUGAAUAUCGAAGAGGGGACUGACUCUUCCCUGCUACAUGUGAGUAAGGCCACUUUGGCCUCUGAUUCCAUUUUGACUAAAGAAGGAAAAAAUCUGGUGGUUCUAGAAAGCUCUGCAGCUCAGGGACAAGAUGACAAGGAUAAAGCAGUGACUUGUUCCUCCAUUAAGGAAGAUACUCUUUCUUCAGAUACAUUGCAAGAAGAGCAGAGAAUACCUCUUCCUGGACAGGAGGCACCAGGAUUCCAUGAAGAACCUAGCUCAGCUGCCUGUGCUGAGGACAAAGCCCUUCAGCAGGGUAAUUCACUGGGCACACCCUCGGCCGGUCUUAAUGCAGAAACUAAACAUAACAAGGAAGUGGCCCCACCAGUCUCGCUGCUGACUGAAGGUGGGGCUGCACAGAGCCCGGUGCCACCAGGAGCAAGUCUGGCUGCAGAUGCAAGCCAGGAAACCUUGGGUGCAGAGCAGAGCAGCUCACCUCUGUUGCCAGGUCUGUUACCAGAUGGGUCUGAGGCUCUUAAUUGCAAUCGAUCUGCUUUGGAUGUUGGAGUGAAAAACACUCAAUCCCAAGGUAAAAACACUGCUUGUGAGGUGAGUGGAAAUGUGGCAUUGGAUGUGGCAGUGGUUGAUGCCCUACAAGGUACCGUUGGAGCCAGAAGAAAGGAUGUGUCACACAACACCCAAGACAGCCCAAUUCCAAAAGUCUUGUUGAGCCAGGAGAAGAAUAUGAUCCUGGGUUUGCCAGGAGCUUUAUCACGUAAAGAUGUGACUGAUCUACAGGAUGCUGCAGCCCCAGAGAUGGUACCUCUUGGUUGGGAGAAAGGGAAGCUAGAGGGAGCAGACGGCAGCUGUCUCAUGGGCGACUCCAAGGAGGCACGAAUGGGUGAUGAGGCACAUCACGUCCUACCACAGCCUAUUGCCAAAGAGCGCCCCAAAGAGACAGGGCUCUCGAGCAGUGAUGACAAGGCCUCAAGCUGGGAAGGGGGUGCUCCCCCUCUGCCUUGCACUGUCUCCGCUGAAGCUGUGCAUCUGCCUAAGAGAGCAGACUCAAUCGAGGAGGCUGCGAGUUGCUUAGUGGAUGCCGUCAUGGAACGAGUCAAGGCCUCAGGAACACUGAUCACAGAGGGGGAAAUAAGUCAGAUGUCACUGUCAAGUCCUUCAGAGUCAGGCCCAGUGACUGAACAGCUGGAGAGUGCUUCUCCAGGGAAAGUGAGUGCUCUCCUGUCUGGGGAGACCCCACAAAUGGGCAGUAUUCAUGAAGAAGCCCCUGGGAACCAUGUAGCAUGUUUUGCUGGAAGGGAGGAGCCAGAGGAGAUUAUUCUGCCUGUCCAGGGACCUGAGCCGGCAACAGAAAUGCCAGACACAAAAGCUGAAGAUGAAGUGGAUUUUCUGAGUAAUACCAGGGAGAGUUCAGUUUCUGAAGAGGUGGCUAUAGGAAGCAUAGCUAUGACACUGAAGCAAGGCCCGAAGACCCAGGCGAUAAACCGAGAAAGCUGGUGUACAAUAGAGCCAUGCCCUGAUGCAACAUCUCUUUUGGCUCCCACACAGAGCCCAGAAUGUGAGAACUUCCUGGAUGUUGGGCUGGGCAGAGAGUGUGCCUCAAAACAAGGUGUCCUUAAAAGACAGUCUGGGAGUGAUUCUGACCUCUUUCGCUCACCCGGUGAAGAAGUGGACAGCAGCAUCUUCUCCAAGCCGGAGGAGGAACAGUUGGAGGAACAGUUGGUUUGUGAUAUCACUGGAUCCACUUCUUCCACUGAUGACACAGCUUCCUUGGAUCGACACUCUUCUCAUGGCAGUGAUGUAUCCCUCCCCCAGGUUUCAAAUUUGAACAGGUCCAGAGAUCAGCAAUGCCUUGAUGGCUUCCACAGCCAUGGGGUGGGAGCUGAGGGUCGAGAGAGUGAGAGUGAACCUGCUGGGUCAGGUGAAAUUGAAGAGGAGGAGAUGGACAGCAUCACCGAAGUGCCCGCAAACUGCUCUGUCCUGAGGAGCUCCAUGCGCUCUCUGUCCCCUUUCCGGAGGCACAGCUGGGGUCCUGGGAAGAAUGCAGCCAGCGAUGCAGAAAUGAACCACCGGAGUUCAAUGCGAGUUCUUGGGGAUGUUGUCAGGAGACCUCCCAUUCAUAGGAGAAGUAUGAGCUGGUGUCCCUCUGGUGUGCAAUACUCUGCUGCCCUGAGUGCUGACUUUAAUUACAGAAGUUUCAGUCUAGAAGGCUUGGCAGGAGGAGCUGGUGUUGGAAACAAGCCAUCCUCAUCUCUAGAAGUAAGCCCUGCAAACACCAAAGAGCUCAGACACCCUUUGAAUGGUGAGGAACGGGGUGACUCUUUGAUGUCCCUUUCAGAAGAAGAUCUGGAAUCAGGCCAGAGAGAACACAGGAGGUUUGAUCAACAGACAUGUCACAGAUCUAAACAACAGGGAUUUAAUUACUGUACAUCAGCCAUUUCUUCUCCAUUGACAAAAUCCAUCUCAUUGAUGACGAUCAGCCAUUCUGUAUUGGACAAUUCACGGCCCUUCCACAACACCAGUGCCAAUCUGACCGAGAGUAUAACAGAAGAGAACGGUAAUGUCCUGCCACCAAGCCCCUCCAAGAAGGAUUUUGAAGUGAAGAGUGGAACAAAAGUCAGUCGUACGUUCAGCUACAUCAAGAAUAAAAUGUCCAGCAGUAAGAAGAGCAGAGAUAAGGAAAAAGAGAAAGAUAAAAUUAAAGAGAAGGAGAAAGAUUCUAAAGAGAAGGAGAAGGACAAGAAGACUGUCAAUGGGCAUACUUUCAGUUCCAUUCCUGUUGUGGGUCCGAUCAGCUGUAGCCAGUGUGUGAAGCCUUUCACCAACAAAGAUGCCUACACUUGUGCAAGCUGCAGUGCUUUUGUCCACAAGGGCUGUAGAGAAAGUCUGGCCUCCUGUGCAAAGGUCAAAAUGAAGCAGCCCAAAGGGAGCCUUCAGGCACAUGACACGUCAUCACUGCCCACAGUCAUCAUGAGAAACAAGUCCUCACAGCCUAAGGAGCGCCCUCGAUCCGCAGUCCUCUUGGCUGAUGAAACCACUGCUGCCCCCAUAUUUGCUAAUAGACGGUCCCAGCAAAGCGUCUCCCUCUCUAAAAGUGUCUCCAUACAGAACAUUGCUGGAGUUGGCAAUGAUGAGAACAUAUCAAACACCUGGAAAUUCCUGUCUCAUUCAACAGACUCACUAAAUAAAAUCAGCAAGGUCAAUGAGUCAACGGAAUCACUUACUGAUGAGGGAGUAGGUACAGACAUGAAUGAAGGCCAGUUAAUGGGCGACUUUGAGAUUGAAUCCAAACAGCUAGAAGCAGAGUCUUGGAGUCGAAUAGUGGACAGCAAGUUUCUGAAACAGCAAAAGAAAGAUGUGGUCAAACGGCAAGAAGUGAUUUAUGAGUUGAUGCAGACGGAGCUACACCACGUCCGCACGCUCAAGAUCAUGAGCGAUGUGUACAGCCGGGGCAUGGUGACGGAGCUGCUCUUCGAGCAGCAGAUGGUGGAAAAGCUCUUCCCCUGUUUGGAUGAGCUGAUUAGUAUCCAUAGCCAGUUCUUUCAGAGGAUCCUGGAGCGGAAGAAGGAAUCGCUGGUGGAUAAAAGUGAAAAGAACUUUCUCAUCAAGAGGAUGGGAGAUGUGCUCGUAAAUCAGUUUUCAGGUGACAAUGCAGAACGCUUAAAGAAGACAUAUGGCAAGUUUUGUGGGCAGCACAACCAGUCUGUAAACUACUUCAAAGAUCUUCAUGCCAAGGAUAAGCGUUUUCAGGCCUUUGUAAAGAAGAAGAUGAGCAGUUCAGUCGUAAGAAGGCUUGGAAUCCCAGAGUGCAUACUGCUGGUAACCCAACGGAUCACCAAAUACCCAGUUUUAUUCCAAAGAAUAUUGCAGUGUACCAAAGACAAUGAAGUGGAGCAGGAAGAUCUGGCUCAGUCCUUGAGCCUGGUGAAGGAUGUGAUUGGAGCUGUAGACAGCACAGUGGCAAAUUAUGAAAAGAAAGUACGUCUCAAUGAGAUUUAUACGAAGACAGAUAGCAAGUCGAUCAUGAGCAUGAAGAGCGGUCAGAUGUUUGCCAAGGAGGAUUUGAAGCGGAAGAAGCUUGUGCGGGAUGGGAGUGUGUUUCUGAAGAGCGCAGCAGGAAGGUUGAAAGAGGUUCAAGCAGUUCUGCUUACUGACAUUUUAGUUUUCCUUCAAGAAAAAGACCAGAAAUACAUCUUUGCGUCAUUGGACCAGAAGUCAACAGUGAUCUCUUUAAAGAAGCUGAUUGUCAGAGAAGUAGCACAUGAGGAGAAAGGUUUAUUCCUCAUCAGUAUGGGGAUGAAAAAUCCCGAGAUGGUAGAAGUCCAUGCCAGCUCCAAAGAGGAGCGAAACAGCUGGAUUCAGAUCAUUCAGGACACAAUCAACACCCUCAACAGAGAUGAAGAUGAAGGAAUUCCUAGUGAGAAUGAGGAAGAAAAGAAGCUGUUGGACACCAAAGCCCGGGAAUUGAAAGAGCAACUUCAGCAGAAGGACCAGCAGAUCCUCCUCUUACUGGAAGAGAAGGAGAUGAUUUUCCGGGACAUGACUGAGUGCAGCACUCCCUUGCCAGAGGACUGCUCCCCGACACACAGCUCUAGAAUCCUCUUCCGCUCCAACACAGAAGAGUCUCUCAAAGGAGGCCCCUUAAUGAAAAGUGCAAUAAAUGAGGUGGAGAUCCUUCAGGGCUUGGUGACUGGAAGCCUGGGAGGCACACUCGGGCAGGCUGUCAGCAGCCCUGUUGAACCAGAAGGCAUGGUCGGCCCUGUUUCCUUGCCCCGCAGAGCAGAGACCUUUGGAGGAUUUGACAGCCAUCAGAUGAAUGCUUCAAAAGGAGGUGAGAAGGAAGAGGGAGAUGAUGGCCAAGAUCUUAGGAGAACAGAAUCGGAUAGUGGUCUGAAAAAGGGUGGAAAUGCUAACCUGGUAUUUAUGCAUAAAAGAAACAGUGAGCAGGUCGUCCAGAGCGUCGUUCAUCUCCAUGAACUCCUCAGCACCUUGCAGGGUGUGGUGUUGCAGCAGGACAGCUACAUUGAGGACCAGAAGCUGAUGCUGACCGAGAGGGCGCUCACGCGGAGCCUGUCCCGCCCCAGCUCCCUCAUCGAGCAGGAGAAGCAGCGCAGCCUGGAGAAGCAGCGCCAGGACCUGGCCAACCUGCAGAAGCAGCAGGCACAGCACCUGGAGGAGAAGCGCCGGCGGGAGCGCGAGUGGGAGGCCCGCGAGAGGGCGCUGCAGGAGCGCGAGGCCCGGCUGGCCCAGCGGGAGGAGGAGGUGCAGCGGGGGCAGCAGGACUUAGAAAGGGACCGGGACGAGCUCCAGCAGAAGAAGGGCGCCUACCAGUCUGACUUGGAGAGGCUGCGCACGGCCCAGAAGCAGCUCGAGAGAGAGCAGGAGCAGCUGAAACGAGAGGCGGAGCACCAGAGGCAGAUGGAGCGGGAGGGCUGUCAGGUUUCGCAUCAACACAGCAAGCUGCUGAGGAUCCCAUCCUUCUUUCCCAGUCCUGAGGAGUCCCCCUUGCCGCCUGCACCUUCCAUAGCCAAAGCAGGGUCAUUGGACUCUGAACUCUCAGUGUCCCCAAAAAGGAACAACAUCUCUCGGACACACAAAGAUAAGGGGCCUUUUCAUAUACUGAGUUCCACCAGCCAGACAAGCAAAGUAGCAGAGGGUCAGAGCCAGACCCCAGUGUCCAGCUCCAGCUCCACCCGCCUCUUUGGGUUAGCGAAGCCAAAGGAGAAGAAGGAGAAGAAGAAGAAGAACAAAGGAGGCCGCUUGCAGCCUGGUGAGGGCCCUGCAUCGGAAGUACCUGCAGAGGGUGAAGAGAUCUUCUGCUGACCCCUUUCCUCUGCUGAGGCAACUGCCUCCCGUCCUGGCCAGUGGUUACCGGCCCCACCCCUCCUGCUGUUCCUGUGUGCUCACUCUCUUCCAUUGGACACCCGAGCUCUUCAGCGUCCGGUCCUCCCGUGCUGCCCCAGGUCCUGGACCAGAGGAACAAAUGGUCUUGAGUGUCAGGGUGGGGAAAAAGGCCCAGGAUUGGUGACUGCCAGUGACUCGUGGGUUGGGGCCGGCCCUACUGGGGAUGUUGCCCUGAAAGUAGUGGCCCCAGAAGUCCAGGCAACGGUUUUGGACAUGUCAGGAAUUCCUAAAGGCCGAAAGAGUGUUUCCAAAUGAGAUCUGAAACUCUGACUGCCUUUUAUUUGGGGGAACACAACCAAAAUUCAAACAGCAGAUAGUUUGGACUUUAUGUGUGUACAUGUACAGUAGCCCAUCUGCAUACACACGUGGGGUAUGCCAGAAUUAUGUACCAGACACCUGGUCAGCUUAACUGGGAGCCAGGGGCAUGGCCUGGCACUGCUCAGGUAGCACGUGGGUGCUCGGGGCCCCACCCGCUGUCCUUCGAGGCUGUCUCCCUGUAAACCCACCUGCGCAUACCUCACCUCUCUUUGCAUGCAUUUCUCAUUUCAUUUUAGAAGGGAUGGCAAACAUUUGUGAAAACCAGUUAAGAGAAGGCUUGAUGUGUUUAACAAGCAUGUGAUCUGUA